AUGAGAUUCUCACUUGCCACCGCUGCAGCGAUAUUGCUAGUCCGGGGGGUAUCGGGACAAUUGGUGGGAGGGGUCCCAGUGGGUCCUAAAACUUCACUCAGCGAGAAGUCCGGCACUAUCUGUAACGUCCUCAACUACGGAGCUGUGGCGGAUGGGAAGACGGAUAUCGGUGUCGCCAUUACCAACGCAUUUUCGCAGUGCGUUGCUAAAGCCAGUGGGGGAGCGACGCUGUUGGUGCCUGAGGGGGAGUAUCUGAUUACUACCGGAGUGGUACUCAACGCGGGGACAAAAUGGGCUUUCCAAUUGGAUGGACUGAUCACCUUGUCUGAAGACGGACGCUUCAACGGGAACGCAAUUGUCGUGAAGAGAGCCACGGACUUUGAGAUGUACUCUAGCAACGGCAAGGGAGCUAUCCAAGGACAAGGUUACAGGCAGAGAAUUUCUGGGUCUAGUCAGAAUGCAAGGUUGUUGAGGGUAUGCUCUACCACCGCCCGAACCAGGCCAAGGGGAGAUAAAAGCAUCGACUCCCCAACUUUCCACCUAUUCCACAACGACGCUACAAACCUCGAAAACUACCACAUCACCAUCCGCGGCGGGAACAAGGGCGGCCUAGACGGCAUCGAUCUAAUCUGUCUGUCAAAUUGCUACCUUCACCACAUAGAAGUUACCAACCGCGACGAAUGUAUCUCCGUCAAGACUCCCUCCAAAAACGUGCUCAUCGAGGAGAUUUACUGCAAUCAGAGUGGAGGCAUGAGUAUCGGGUCUUUGAACGCAGCAAGUAUUCAGAUCGAAAGCAUCCACAUGAGGAACAUAUACGUCCACCAGUGCACGCAGAUGCUCAUGAUAAAGACCUGGCCAGGCGGCAACGGUGCAAACGGGUACGUCCGCAACUCCAUAUUCGAGAAUUUCCACGCCUACGAUACCACCUACGCCCUCGAUAUAGACCAGUACUGGUACGGGCGCACAGAGCCCAACACGGGCGCUAUCGCCAUCUCGGACCUUCAAUUCAAGAACUGGACAGGAACAGUCGACAACGGCAUUUCUCGCGGCCCCAUCGUUAUCCGCGGGAGCAAUAUCGUCCCCUUAACGGACAUAAUGAUGGAAGACUUUCGCAUGUGGACGGUGAACAAAGACGUUGUCGUCCUGCGGUGCAAUAACGUCUACGGAACGGGGUACUGCGCGCGGGAGCUGAACGGGGCACAGUCGACGCCUUUUUCCUCCACGGUCACGAUUCGUGAAACUAUGGCGGGUUUCGUUAGUCCUACUAGUCCUCCUUGGGGGGUUGGUCCGACCGGGUAUGGGCUCACGGUACCGAUACCGGUGUAUACGCCCGCGCCUAUGUGGGGCUUUAAGCAGGGAGGCGGAGCGGCGAUUGAGCCUACACCUCCACAGGUUACCACCACUCCAAAGACGGCCACGGGCCCGCCUGCUACGAGCACGCCUAGUGGGCCGAAGCGCAGGGCUUAUGGAAGGAACAGGAGGAACUGGUAG